CUUGAUGGAGUUCCGAGAAUCGAGCUAGACAAUGCUCCUAAGACGCAUACUAUGAUGUAGAGACUAGAGAGAGUAGAGAGAAUAUUUUGUGGUCUUGUUGGUGUGUCUUCUACUUCAAGAUCCCAACGUAUUUAUAGGCUAGAAAAACAAGUGAAAGGUCUUGCAAUCAAGACAAGACAUAAAGAAAAUGGGGUUGAAAGGCCAAAGGACUUAGCCACAUGAAAGACCAAAAGCCUCUCUCUUUUUCCCCACAUUUCCCAUGUUUUUCCUACAUCUUGGUGAUAUUUCAAUGCUUUGACUUCCCAGUUUCCCAAUACUAUACUGUAUUUUAAAUCAUUACCGACCAUAUUAAGAUGAGUAUGAUAUAGUACUACAUUUUAAUCACGAUUAAACUUGUCUGAAUCGGAGUAGUUGUUUAGAUAUUGAAAUUUAGAGUUAUUUACCAUGCAUUGACUGUAAUUGUACCUAACUUCCUAAUUCAAGAAAAGUGGACCAUCAAACUUGAUUAGGGCAUCCAAGCCCCCUAGCUCAAGUGGUUGAGGAGGGAGACAAGGAUACCGCGACAUCCUGGAGGUCACGUGUUCGACCCCUGGGAGGCCCAUCUUGGGGAUUAAUUUCCCCUGGGGCUUAUGGAUUCACUGGCCUGAACCCAGGCAUCGGUCCAGAGUGAUCGAGGGAGGCUGGUGGCCUGGACCCGUGCCAGGGGAAGGAAAAAGCUGGACCCCGUGCUAGGGGAAGGUAGGUGGACCCGUUGGUUCCCACCCUUGGCAACGAAGCGCAGCUAAAACUAUUUUUUAUAGAUUAAUUAAUGUAGCAAAAAUAUUAAAUUGCAAGAAAAACAUGAAGUUGAGUAAAAUUCUUGUAAUUGACAACUUUAAAAUCUGAAUAGGUUAAACGGUGAGGUUUCACAAUAUCACACAACAAUAAAAUACUUGUGAGGAUGUAUGUGUAAUAAUGCCGAAAAAUUACAUAUGAAUGACCACUAAUAAAUUUAACGAUAUCAUCUAUUCAUAAGAAAUACUAAUACUCAGUCUUGUAUCAUUUCAUUGAAAAAUAUAAGUAUAAUACCCAUGUAACUUAAUUUUUUUCUAUAAAAUAAUUACAAAUAAAUCAGCAUUUUCUGUCAAAUACAGUAAUUGCAAAACCAGAUUAAUGAAAAGGGAAAACUGAAUUCCAAAGUGAAAAGAGUUGGGGUGUUGCGUUGGAAAGAAAAUGGCUGGAAAUAUAAGGAGUUCGGUAUACUGUAUACACCGUCCUCUUUCCCAUUUCCAGUAUCUAUUAAAAUAAUUAUAACCUUCUCAGAAGAAAAUAAUAAUUCUUCAGAAAAGUCGAACUCUUUUCGCUUCUGAUUCCGGAUCAUAUUCCCUUUUCUUUCCGAAACAGAUUCUGAAUCCUGGCGUUGCCAAGUCUCUAGUUUUCGCUGCUCGUCUAUCUCUUUGAUUAACUUGGAGUAUUUGAUAAUUGUGGAAUUUUUGGGGGAUUUUUUUUUCCUGAUUUUCUUACUUGAUGGGAAAUAAAAGUUCGAGCGAGGGGAGUUGGCCACAAGCUUCAACAACCCAGUCUAGUUCUUCGUCGGGAUGGCAGCAUGAUUAUUCUCAGGCAACGGUUUCGCAGUAUGCACAAAAUUAUCCUAAGCCGAAUCAACCUACAACAACUGGUUCUAGUUCAUCUGCAGGGUGGCAGAACGAUGGCGUAAACACUGAAUCAUCGAGUUCACAAUAUGAUGAUCAGAACCCUCCCAUAGCAUAUCCGUAUCAAGAACCAGCACCAGCACCAGCACCAGCAGGAUAUCCUCAGAAGCCUCCUGUAGCGUAUCCGUAUCCAGCAGCAUCAGGAUAUCCCCCGGUUGACCAGUUCAACGCUCCGCCCCAAGAUUAUGCAUCUCCAUCACCCGUGCCUGCCUCUUACCAUAUGCCUACUUCUCAAGUACAUGUACCAAACAAGAGGUUUGAUAAGAGGUAUUCAAGGAUUGCUGACAACUAUCACUCAUUAGAGGAGGUUUCUGAAGCUCUUGCACAAGCUGGCCUUGAGUCUUCAAACCUAAUUAUUGGGAUUGAUUUUACUAAGAGCAAUGAAUGGACUGGCAAGAACUCAUAUAAUGGUAAAAGCUUACAUCACAUUGGAGGUGGUCUGAAUCCCUACGAACAAGCCAUAAGCAUUGUAGGGAAAACCUUGGCAGCUUUUGAUGACGAUAAUUUGAUCCCUUGUUAUGGGUUUGGAGAUGCAUCAACUCAUGAUCAAGAUAUAUUUAGUUUUUAUCCUGAUGGAAGGCAUUGCAACGGAUUUGAGGAAGUUCUGUGCCGUUACAGAGAACUUGUUCCAAAUCUGAAGCUGGCAGGCCCAACAUCAUUUGCACCAAUAAUCGAAAUGGCUAUGACUGUUGUUGAGCAGAAACGGGGCCAGUUCCAUGUAUUAGUGAUUAUUGCAGAUGGACAGGUCACCAGAAGUGUUGAUACCGAACCUGGUCAGCUGAGUCCGCAGGAGCAAAAGACUGUUCAAGCAAUAGUCGAAGCUAGCAAGUUGCCUCUAUCUGUUGUUUUGGUUGGGGUUGGAGAUGGCCCCUGGGAUACGAUGAAGGAAUUCGACGACUAUAUACCUGCAAGGGAGUUCGAUAAUUUCCAGUUUGUCAACUUCACGGAGAUUAUGGCUAAAAAUACACACCAAACUCGGCAAGAAACAGAGUUUGCGCUUUCAGCAUUGAUGGAAAUCCCUACUCAGUAUAAAGCAACGAUGGAGCUUAAUCUGUUGGGUAGAAGGAAAGGGAACAUUCCGGAGAGAAUUGCACUUCCUCCUCCUGUCUACGGGGCAGCAGCAUUUGGCGGUAAUUCACAGCCCUCACCAUCGCCAGCAGAUGCUUAUCAGUAUAGCACUAGUUCAUACUACGAGUACACUGCUCCUGCUGCUACAGCUCCUCCCGCUGCAAAUUCUAACUAUCAACACCAGAUUUGUCCCAUAUGCCUUAGCAAUCCGAAGGACAUGGUUUUUGGUUGCGGUCAUCAGACGUGUUGCGGGUGUGGACAAGACCUUCAGCUAUGCCCGGUAUGCAGGAAUCGGAUAGAGACAAGAAUAAAGCUCUACUGAAGCCUCUAGCAAGUAGGUCAUCCAAUGCAACGGUGCUAACCCUACCACCUGAUUUUUUAUAUUGGUCGUCGACGUCGUACAGAUGAAGCCAUAGCCUCAUUCACAUUUUUUGGUUGCCAGAGAAAAUGAUGAAGAAAAGAUCAUAAAAACACUGCUGUUUGAGAUUUGUUUUGCUGUCUCGAAGAUUUGUUUGUAAAUACAGUACUUUGUUGAUACAGUUUGUUGUGCAUCAAUAAUAGUAUUUCUCUGUUCGGAA